UAUUGAAUGAAGAAAAAAGCUUUGCUUUACCUUUGACCUCUCUCUCUCUAUGGCCUAAGCUACCACCAGCUCCCUAUCUACACUCUCUCUCUCUCUCUCUGCAAAAGCAACGAAGCUGUGUUCUGAUCCUUCAAAUUAGAUUUUACUCUACACCACGUUUCCUUCGUAAAGAUCCAUUUUUUAUUCAAUUCUCUCAGGAUCACUCUCUUGCUCCUGCUUCUGGUUGUUUCUUAUUUUUGAAGAUAUCAAUGGAUGCUAAGCCAUGGAUUUGGUCAAUUUGAUCCCAAUUGAAACUAUUUAGCAUUUCUGAUGGACUCAAAAACUAGUUCUAGAGCUCUCCCUAAACACCAUCAGAAGACGGCCGGGAUUCAAACCCUUGAGGUGAAAGACGCCAGCUCUUCGUCGCUGAAGACGGCGAAGACUGAGCUGGCUGCUCCUGAGGAUUUAUCGAAGUCCAAGCAGAAUAUUGGGGAAACUGCUGAAACCAAGAAGUUAGGGGUUUCAGUCCAAAAGGGGUCUGCUGAUUCCUUGAGCAAUAAAAGUGGUUCUGGUGCUUCCUCAUCUGUUCUCGACAAUGUGGAUCCUGCUGCUAAGGAGAACAUAGGCUCACAGGAAAGCGCAAUUGAUCAAGACAAGAAGGCGUUGGAAUAUGGAAGUGUGAAGAACAGUUCUGUUUCUGCCAAAGUUAGUGAUGGGGCCAGCAGUCUUGCAAAGACAAGUGGAAGUGCCAAGAUCAGUGACCGGGCUGAUUUUGUUGAGAGUGGUAAGAGCAGUAUUUGCAGAGGAAGCACAAGCAGUGAUGUGAGUGAUGAAAGUACUUGUAGUAGCUUUAGUAGCAGCAUAAACAAGCCUCACAAGGCAAAUGACUUGAGAUGGGAAGCUAUCCAAUUAGUUCGAAGUAAAGAUGGGGUGUUGGGGUUAGGUCACUUUAGGCUACUGAAGAGGCUGGGUUGUGGAGAUAUUGGAAGUGUAUAUCUCUCUGAGUUGAGUGGAACUAAAUGUUACUUUGCAAUGAAGGUAAUGGACAAAGGGUCCCUAGCAAGUCGCAAAAAGCUACUUCGAGCUCAGACAGAACGGGAAAUUCUGCAGUCUCUUGACCACCCUUUUCUCCCAACUUUGUACACCCAUUUUGAGACAGAGAAAUUUUCAUGCUUGGUGAUGGAAUUCUGCCCCGGCGGAGAUCUCCAUACUCUUAGGCAGAAGCAACCAGGGAAGCAUUUUCCUGAGCAGGCAGUAAAAUUCUAUGUGGCGGAGGUUCUACUGGCUUUGGAGUACCUCCACAUGCUUGGAAUUGUCUACCGUGACCUUAAGCCGGAAAAUGUCCUUGUUAGGGACGAUGGACACAUUAUGCUCUCUGACUUUGACCUCUCCCUCCGAUGUGCUGUUAGUCCGACCCUUGUUAAAACCUCAUCCAUGGAUUCUGAGCCUUUAAGAAAGAAUCCUGUGUACUGUGUCCAACCUGCAUGCAUUGAGCCACCUUCCUGCAUCCAGCCAUCCUGUGUUGCUCCUACUACAUGCUUUUCACCACGCCUCUUCUCCAGCAAAUCAAAGAAGGAGCGCAAGCCCAAAACUGAAAUCGGCAACCAAGUGAGUCCGUUACCUGAGCUCAUCGCUGAGCCUACUGAUGCUCGGUCCAUGUCAUUUGUUGGAACUCACGAGUACUUGGCACCUGAGAUCAUCAAGGGUGAAGGCCACGGGAGUGCUGUGGAUUGGUGGACUUUUGGGAUCUUUUUAUACGAGCUGUUGUUUGGUAAAACUCCUUUCAAGGGAUCCGGCAACCGAGCAACAUUGUUCAAUGUUGUAGGCCAGCCACUGCGAUUUCCCGAAGCACCUGUUGUCAGUUUUGCAGCAAGGGAUCUCAUAAGGGGUUUGCUUGUGAAGGAACCACAGCACAGAUUGGCAUAUAAAAGAGGUGCUACUGAGAUUAAGCAACACCCCUUUUUUGAAGGUGUGAAUUGGGCGCUGAUCCGUUGUGCCACCCCUCCUGAGAUCCCAAAGGCUGUGGAGUUUGAGAAGAUACCCUCCCCAGCCUCAUCAGGUGGUGAAAAAGCUGUUAACCAUCACAUGUCAAUAGCUAAUCAGAAAGGUGGUUCUGAUAAUUAUCUGGAGUUUGAUUUCUUCUAGAGGUAGACAAUAUAUUGAUUGCAAAUGGUUUCUGUUAAGAAGGGGGGAGGAACUGUUUUUCAAUGUUUCAGGAACAGAUAUGAUGAGGAAUUGUAUGUUUGUUUUUGUUGGCUAUUUGCAGUUUCAAAUUUGUAUGGCAUAAUUAAUGCAUGGCUUCUCUGUCAUCCCAAAAAAGGCAUAUAAAAGAACAUUUCUCCACUGGGAAUUCCAACCGGCCAAUGAUGGUGAUGGUGCUCUUUAAGGUCUCAAUGGUAAGCAUGCAUGCAUGCAAUUGUGGAAAUUGGAGCACAUGGGCAUCGAGCAAAAUGCAGACUUGAAUUUUUGUUUUCUUUGAAAACAAGUGUCAUGUCAUAGAAGAAAAGGACAUUUUUUCUGCCUAGAAACUCACCAUAUCUACGUCCAAAAUCAACUUUAAUGCAAAAUAGUCAGUUAAUGUUUUUUAUUAUAGCAAAUGCUUGGUAAGAUUUCUCUUCUUUUUUCAUGAGCAUUUCUUAUGGUCUUUGCACAUAAUACUGUAGAGUUGUUUUGUUGAGCGUUUUGUAUCCUCUCCCAGAAAAGGUAAAGUUCCUCCAAGAAAUGAAUGUAAUGUAAUAAGAUAUUCUUACGCUAAUUAUACA